AUGGGUGACAAAACGGACCUCGAAAAAAUGCAGGAGAUGGCCAAGAUGUUGAUGGACGAGAGAGAUGCGGAAAGGGCAGCUCGAGAGGCGCUGGAGAAAAAGAACAAGAAAACACUACCCAUGAUGAACAUGUUCGAUCAUGGGAAUACUGUUACUUUUCCCGAAGGCCCUCGUAUUGAUGUUAAUAACUUUGAGUUACGCAUGGCCCUUAUACAAAGGGUCGAGCAAACUCCUUUUGCAGGCAGGGCCACCGAGGACGCUAACCGCCAUCUCUCCAAAUUUGUGGAAAUCGCGAACACGCUCAAGUUGAAUGGUGUCGACGACGAUGCCAUAAGGAUAAGACUCUUUCCCUUUUCAUUAACUGAUUCUGCUAAAGAGUGGUUUGAGUGUAUGCCCCUAGAGAAGGUUUCCACACGGAAGGACAUCGUAGUUGCCUUCCUCGACAAAUACUAUCCGCCAAGCACAAUCUUGAAGCUGAAAAGCGAAUUCUUUCAGUUCAUCCAAGGCCACGACGAUCCCCUCUAUGAGGAGUUUUCUCGUUUUAAAGCUCUCCUCCGAAAGUGCCCUAACCACGGUUUCACCGUGGAUCAUCAGGUAGGAAUCCUCUAUAAUGGAUUUAAUGAAAAAAUUUGUGCUAUGUUGGAUUCAGGGGCAAACGGAGACUUUUUGAGAAGGUCGGGUGAAGAUGCCAUGGCAAUGAUCGAGGAAUUCCCCGCCAACAGCAGGGGGUGGUCGAAAGAAAGGAAUAGCAUGAAGAGGAUAGCUGCAAUUGAAGAGGCCGAGGAAAGUUCUUUUGCGAAGAAAUUGGCCGAGCUUAGAGUUAGGGUGGACCAAAUGGAUACAUCGAGGAAGGAGGAUCCGAUUCCACCGACCUCCAUCAUAGCGGUCUCUAAACCCGAAACUCCUGCCCCGAUAGUGGACGAGAUCAACUACAUGCAAGGAGGUGGUUCCAACAGAAACUACAACAACAAUUAUCGCCCUAAUCAGGGGGGCGGAUUUAGCGUUGGCAAAGGAGGAGUAGUUGAAACAACCAAAAAGGAGGAGAAGCAUGACCAAGGGAUCACAAGGAUCUUGGAAGAUAAACAACCUCGAGCAAGGAAUGACACGAUCUCAACUGCCAUAGCCAACAUCAACACUCAAAUGGAGCAAAUCCAAAAGAAGUUAGAUAAGGACAGGGCAAAGGCAGCCGCACGAGUGGAUGACAUCAACAAAAAGUGGGUGGCAAAGUUGAAUAUUGGGGACCGCCCAGUCGCCGGCGGACCGCCGCAACCACCGCAGCGGGCCGCCGCUGAAGCACCAAACGGAGUCUGCCCAGCCGCCGGCGGACCGCCGCACACCCCGCAGCUGGCCGCCACAGACAAGGCAGAAUCACCCACUCAGCAAGGACUCGUGCGGCACAAUGGGAUUGUGCUACCUUUCCAACCAAAGAGGAAGUUUAAGCUCGAAGAGCAGUUCAAACAUUUUCUGAACAUGAAAUACCAAAGUAUGCAAAAGGAAAGGUUGACAAGGCCCUAUGCGAUCAUCCAAAAGGAAAGGGCAGUGAAGCAGAGAGAUCCGGGCCAAUUCAUUAUCCGAUGCCAGAUUGGAGAGGGAAAGGUUGACAAGGCCCUAUGCGAUCUAGGAUCUUCCAUCAAUCUCAUGCCACUGAAGUAUUAUGAAAAGCUCAACAUUGGGCCGCUCAAAACUUCAGAUGUGACACUAAGAUUGGCCGAUAACUCGUCCAUAAAAACUGUAGGUAUGAUUGAGGAUGUCUUAGUUAAAGUCGAUGAUUUUAUUUUCCCCGCCGACUUUAUUGUGUUUGACAUGAAAGUAGACAAGAACGUCCCUCUAAUCUUAGGGAGAGAUUUUCUUGCCACUUGCAAAGCUUUGAUUGAUGUAGGUCGUGGCGUGAUCACAAUUAGCGAUAACUAUAGCCACUCCACCUAUAAGAUCGAGAGCGAGAUGCUCAAGUUUGAGGAGGCAAAGCGGGUGAAGAUGGAACGGCAGUGCAGGGCAAUCAUGGUCACCGACUUGACCAAACCCCAAGACCCCUUUGAAGUGGCGGAUCCUUCUACCUCCACUAUCUAUACUGUCAAAGAGAAGAAAAAGCAAAAGAGGAAGAAAGUACCCAAGGAGGACCCCGAUAUUUAUGUUAUCAAGACCAAUAAGGGGGGAAUACAAGUGGUGGAAGAAGCUAGGGACCAAGUUACUCCCUAUGCCAAUUUUCAACACUCGGGCCGCUGA